AUGCCAACUGAGACCGUCUCCGGAAAAACGAAGACAACCCUCCUAGGUAGCCUAGGAGCUGGACUGUUGGCGGGUAUCGCGGAAAGUGUACUCGUCGUCACACCUGGUGAGACCCUGAAGACCAAGAUCAUCGACGACCAGGCCGGGCCUCGAAUCUACCGCUCUGCCAGCCAUGCGAUCCGGACUUGUCUUGCGCAAGAGGGUGUGUCUGGGUUAUACCGGGGUGUGGUGCCAGUGACACUGAAGCAAUCGGCGAAUGCGAUGGUACGGUUUACCAGCUAUCGGUUAUUCCUUGGACAGAUAGAUGCCAUGUUCUCCAGAGAGAAUGCCGGAGCUCUCCAGUCUAUGAACACAGGGGUUGCGGGUGCACUGGCUGGUGUGGUUACCGUGUAUGCAACGAUGCCGUUCGAUACGAUCAAGACUCGGUUGCAAGCCUUGGAUGGUCAUGAGCGGUAUUGUGGUUCCUGGGACUGUUUGCGGUCUGUGAUUCGGAGUGAGAGUGUUUUUGCUCUUUGGCGUGGGACAACGCCUCGUUUGGCGAGGUUGAGUGUAGGUUCAUCUCCGAUGCAUGAUUAG